AUGGAGCACCAGUACACGUACCAGCAGCGUCGUUCACGUUCGCAGCCCCGAUUGCACCAGCAACAGCAGCAGCAGCAACCCAGUCCAGCUUAUCGCUCUCCCGAUCUGGAUUACCCCGCAUCCGGAGCCGGUGGAAGCUAUUUUGGCGCUUCCGGCAGUGCAGGCUACUUUGGAGGCGAGAGUCGCCCGUGGCGCUCACGGUCACUGGACAACAGGAGAGACUGGGUGGUCAGCAGUGAUUAUGGAUUUCCGGCCGGAGGACCAGAUGACCGGUACACCACUGGAGGCACAGUGAAGCAGCACCACCAACAACAUCAACAGCGCAACUAUGACUAUCAACCAUAUCUUAGCGUCAGUACCGUUCCUACGGCCGGAUACCGAGGCACCUAUGAUGGUAGGCGUGGAAACGAUCCGUAUUUUGAUGUCGCAGCUGCACCGUAUUCUCCGCGAUCGGUCCCCCCGGAAUCCGAUUGGGACGCUCUGGAUCGCUCAAUCCGAAACUAUCGUGAAGAUCCUGGUGCCGCGCAAAUAGCUGCAACCAUGCGUCGUUCAAAGGCUCAAAGCGGUAUAGUGGCGCGGGAGGAGGUUGAAUUUGGUGUUGAUCAAGGUGCUACCUCAGCCAAUUACUACCGUGGUGGUGGAGGCAGUUCCAGCCAUCAACAAGAAUUUUAUGGGCCAACCGCAGCAACUAUGCCAGAAGUAGGUUCCGGUACCAUGCGGGGUCGAACGAUUGCACGUGGUGGUGGUAAUAUGCGGUAUGGGCCUGAAAUGGAGCAAAAAUAUUACAAGUUACGUUGUUGCUGUCUGAGCUUUCGAUGGCCUCCAUGGGCCCUGGAAGAAGUGGAACCACCGCAACCAAUGUACCGCCGAACGUGA